CUUUCAUUCUCACCCUAAACCCCACCCCUACACUAUGUGUUUGUUAGUGUGUGUUUAGUGUGUGUAUUAUUAUUACUCUUUUCUCUUGAUUAUUCCACUGUUGCAGGCUUUAUAUACAAGACUUGGCUCAACCUUACCUGCUCAAGGUGCGGGGUCAAUGAAAGAAAGUUCAUUGAAAAAGCUAAAAGCUUUUAAAGCUUAAAAGAAAGCUGUUUAUUCUCAAAGCACACCGCUUUUCAUUCACCCUCCAUCUUCUUUCCCUCUAUCUAUAUCAUCUCUAUCUCAAUCUCACCCCUUCAUCUCAAGAUCUGUACUACAACAUCUGUACUGCAAUACCACUUAGAUUUUGGCUACAUAAAUCAACACAUAUGUUAGAAAACAUUACUGCACCAUCUUCUUCUUCUGAUCAUCCUUUUCUUUCACCGGAAAAUGGUCUUUCCAACAAAAGAAAACGACGUCCAGCUGGUACUCCAGAUCCGGAUGCAGAAGUGGUAUCUUUAUCACCAAAAACAUUGUUGGAGUCAGAUAGAUACGUGUGUGAGAUCUGUAACCAAGGGUUUCAAAGAGAUCAGAACUUGCAGAUGCACCGGAGACGACAUAAAGUGCCAUGGAAGCUGUUGAAAAGAGAGUCACCGGAGGUGAAAAAAAGGGUUUUUGUGUGCCCGGAACCGAGCUGCUUGCACCAUGAUCCUUGUCAUGCACUUGGAGAUCUUGUUGGGAUCAAGAAACAUUAUAGGAGGAAACAUAGUGAUGAUAAACAAUGGGUUUGUGAGAAGUGUUCAAAGGGUUAUGCUGUUCAGUCUGAUUAUAAAGCUCAUCUUAAAACUUGUGGCACUCGUGGCCAUUCUUGCGAUUGUGGAAGAGUUUUCUCCAGAGUCGAGAGUUUCAUCGAGCACCAAGAUGCUUGUACCGUCCGACGAGUCCAUCCAGACCUACCCACAUUUCAACCAGCAUGCUCAUCAAGUACAAGCCCAUCAAGUGACACAAAUUUGAGCACUAUUCCAUCAUUAUUGCAACGUGUACCACAAACAAUCCCACCUUCGGACACUCCAUAUUCACACACUCAAAACAAGCAAAACAACUUGGAACUUCAACUACUACCAUCAUCAUCAUUUUACGAUAAUCGAACCGAGUUGAAGCUCUCGAUUGGUAGCGAAACGAGCUACCAGAAACAAGAAGAAAAGAUGAAGAUGGCAAUGGCUGAAAAGGAGUUUGCGGAAGAAGCAAGACAACAAGCAAAGAGGCAAAUCGAAAUAGCGGAACUCGAGUUUGCAAAGGCGAAACAGAUUAGAAAACAAGCUCAAGCGGAGUUGGAAAGGGCUAAAAUGCUACGAGAACAAGCUACCAAGAAAGUUAGCUCCACCAUCUCGGAGAUCACUUGUCAUUCUUGUAAGCAACGGUUCCAAGCCACAAGUAAUAAUGGUACAGCCGUUACAACCGAUGAAAUGUCAUCGGUUGUAACCGGUGAAGGAGAUUGAUUAGUAGUAUUUUCAGACAAAACAAUCUCUCUUUUUUCACUUUUUUCUGUUCUUUUUGCAAGUUCUUUCCUUUCUCUAAGAUGCAUUUAUUAAUUUCUAUGUGAUGUUGAUCAUGUCUUUUUUUUUUUUUUUCCUUUGGUCAUUGGAAAAAAAAAACGUAUAUAUACACAUAUGUAUGUCAGUAUGUGUAUGUGUGUAUAUAGAUUUUGGUAAUGUAAUAUUACAUAUGAAAUUCUACUUUCA